AAUUUUGGUUUUUGAAUUGAAAUAAUGAUAUUUGAAAUUAGUUCUUAAAUGGGUAAAUGCAAUGAUAAUUAAAUUGUGUAACUGUUUUAGUUAGUUUAUUAAUUUAUUGGUUUCUUAAUACAUUGUCAAAUCAAAAAUAUUAUAUAAUGAGUAAAUCUUUAGAUAUUUGUAAAGCAUCUCUAGUAAGUUUAAAAGCAGAACUCUUACGCAAACAAGAUGAAGCAAACAAAGCAAAAAGCUUUUCUGGUGAUACAUUUAUUCGACCAAUACCUGGUGCUAAGACACCGUCAUGUCUUCUUCAGUCAAAUGAAGGCGUUGAAAAAAGAAAUGCUAAAGAUUUAGAAGAAGAAUAUACUCCAGAUAUUGAAAAUAGUUUGAAAAAAUCAAGAGAUGUCUUAGCUAUGAAAGCAAAAUUAUAUGAUAAACUAGUCAAAGGUGAAAUGGUAAGUGAGCAAGAUAAAACAUUUUUAGUUGAUUUUAAACAAAAAGUUACCGAAAAUGAAAAUAAAACUGCUUAUCCUGUAUCUUCCACAAAAGAAAAUGUUGAGGAGCAGGAAAAAUCUGAUCCCGAUGCAGAUUUAGAUAAAUAUGAUUCAGGAGCUGAUGAUGAUUGGAUAGAUUAUACAGAUUUCUUUGGACGGACUAGGAGAUGUUUAAAAACAGAUCUAGAAUUUUUCAAAAAAAGGGAUCAGAGGAUUGAAAAAGAAUUAGAACCUUUAACACCACCACCUAAUGAAAUGAAACAACAAACACCUAUAACUGCACAAAAAUUUGUAAAAGAAGGUAGGAAUCCAGAAGAAAUGUCUGAACUUGUUUCAUCAGAUAUGCGUCGAGAACAAUUGCGUCUCAAAUGGGAAGAAGAAGAAAGAAAAUUAGCCCAACGAACUGAUAUUCAUUAUGAAGAUAUACGAUUUGACGAGGUUCGGGAGCACGGUGUUGGUUAUUAUUCAUUUUCAACGGACGAAAAAGAACGUCAUCGUCAACAAGCUGAGCUUAAAAAGCUUCGAGAACAGACUAAAACCACACAAAUUUCCGUACAAAAGCUCAAGGAAAAGCGUGCCGCACAGAUGGCUGUCCGACUUAAGGCCAUCAAGCGACGUAAAAAGGAAAAACUCGGACUUCCGUUGGACUCCAGCUCGGACGAAGAAGCGCCGCCACCGAAGGCUCCGUCCCCGGAAAUUGUCGAAGAUAUGGACGCCGAACGAGCAUUUGAAAAGUUGAGAAAAGCCGCUCAUGUCAGACCUUGGGACCACGGAAAGGAUGGACUACAAAAACCUUUGUUGACUCAAGAAGAGUGGAACGAAAAGCAACGGGCCGAAAGGAAGCCAGAUUUUGCGUGGAAUUACGACGACGGCGUAAAAGUAUCCAAAAAUCGAUCCAAUAACUCUCAACACGUCGACGAAGACGAUCAUGAAGAUGGUGAAGAGGACGACGAAGAUAUGGUUGGACCGUCGUUGGAUAUGUUCAUUGUACCAAAUAAUCCAAACAAACAGAGUACAAUUACGUCAAAAAAUUACAAACAGUUUAUUCACAACGAGUUGGACGAUGAACCAACGGCUACUAAGAACAAACCAUCUUAUGACGACGAUAGCGAUGAUUUGGAUAGCAUUCCGUUACCGACUGAAUCCAAAAAAGGAGCGGAAAUUGCGCCGCCCCCCACCUACGAAUAUUACGGGCCGAGUGGGCGAGGACCAAAAGCACAAGACAACUUUAUUAGUGUCAAUGAAAUGCAGGACUCUAUUUCCAAAGGAUUUUCUAGUGUAAAAAGCAUGAAUAAACCUCGACCGGUUAGAGGUAUUGUGGACGAUGACAAUGACGAUGAUGAUUGAUGGUAAAUAGCUUUUCAAGUGUUACCAGAUGAAAAAUAUUAUACUGUUAUAAUAUGUGUGAUUUACUAUUUAUAUUGGAUUAAUAUGUGACAUGAUUAUUAUAAAAAUGUCUUAAAAACUGUA